UGUAUAGUAUAUUAAAAAUCUGCAGAGCAGCUGUGUAGGAACUCGCAGCAUAUUCGUAGUAGUUCCCUUCUCUUCUGUAUUUUACCACUAAAGGGAAAAAAAGAAAAAAAAAAAAAAAAAAAAAAAAUGAAAAGUAAAAUUAUAAUCCAUUGAAUUUUCAAAAUUAUUUCUAAGAUUAUUUGAUAUUCGAAAGUUUUACGUAUUUGAGACAGCAUAUAUCCCGCACGUAUAGUUCAAGUUUCAACACAACUUAUGAUUAAUCAAAAAAGUAUCUGUGUAAAUAGUGACAAGCUGAUAGUGAGCUGCGUUCGUGAUAGUGAUAAAAAGUUCACGUGAAUGGAAUAUAUUACUGUCAUGUAGUACAAUGACGUAUAAACGUCAGGAAUAUACAAAGUACUUAUUUUUUUUUAACUAUUAUCAUGGGAUCCAGAUUAAGGGAGGAUGUUAAGCAGCUAUUUGAAUGUUUUUGUGAAAUUGCUGCACCAGUUAGCAACAAACAAGCUUGGAUUCUUCAAAAAUAUCCAAGUUCUUUUUCAGAUGAAGAGAUCUUGAAAUCAGUCCCUAAAUUUGCAUAUCCCUGUGAGAUAGAAAAUUUACUGGUACAGCACUUCUCAUUUGUGCUUACUAGUAUAGAUUCAAAAUGGACCUUUGGUUUUUGUCGGCAUGAUCCAAAAACAGAGACCGCAUUAGUGGUCUUGAGUGCAUUACCAUGGCAUGAAACAUUUUAUAAAUUAUUGAAUCAUAUUGCAUCUUUAACAAAUAAUGGAAGUGGAGAAGAUCUUUGGAAAUUUCUUGAGAAGGUACACAGCUGUGGUGUUCCAACACCUGGAAAUUCAAUAUCUAUACCAAUACCAAGUCUUAAUUCUAAUUUUGUUUGCCAAAGUCCUAAGCAAUUUCAAUUACCCAGUAUUCCAGAAAAUAGAAAUUUGACAGAAUAUUAUAGUGCUGUUGAUGCUCAUAAUAUGAUGGUAGUAUUCGCAUCUAUGCUAUAUGAACGACGCAUUAUUUUUACUUCUAAACGUUUGUCAAGGUUAAGUGCAUGUGUACAAGCAUGCAAUGCUUUAAUUUAUCCAAUGAUUUGGCAGCAUAUAUAUAUCCCAGUACUUCCAUUAUCUUUAAUGGAUUAUUUAUUAGCACCAAUGCCAUUUCUGAUAGGUGUACCUGCUCCAACACUUCAGAGAGUUCACAAAAGUGAUUUAGGUGAAGUUGUUAUUUUAGAUGCUGAUAACAAUACCAUUGAGUCUCCUUUUCAAGAUUUGGAAUCUUUACCUCAAGAUGUAGUAACAAAUUUAAAAAAAGCAUUACGCAAUAGACCUGCCUUACUUGGGGAUGGAGUGUCUAGGGCAUUUUUACGAGCAUUAGUACAACUGACUGCAGGAUAUAGAGAAGCAUUAACUUUGCAACAAGGAGAACGUAUAACAUUUGAUCAAAAUGCAUUUGUAGAAAGUAGACCAUCUUCUAUGCAACCUUUUCUACGAAAAAUGUUAGAACUUCAAAUCUUUCAACAAUUUAUAGAAGAAAGAUUAAAUAUGCUCAAUUCUGGACUUGGCUUCUCAGAUGAAUUUGAGAUGGAAGCAUGCAGUUAUUCAGUCAAAUCUAGCAAUAAAUUUAUGCAACAAUAUAGAGAAUGGACUUAUGCUAUGCGAAAAGAAAGUUCAGCAUUUUUCCGGAGCGUGAAGGAUAAAGCAAAUCCAGCAGUAAAAUAUGCAGUUAAAUCUGUUAAAGAUAGAGGGAAAGAUAUGAAGACAGCAUACAAAGGAUUGAAAUGGAAGGGACGAUCAAAUAGAAGUGAAAAUAGUAUGAGAUUUCAUCAACCAAGAUCUGCACCCAGUUCGCCUACUCUAGAUAGAAAUCCUAUUGGAUUUACGGCACCACCUAAAUCUCCCAAUGGAUUUACUGCUACGACUAGUUAUCGAAAGGAAUUACGUUUACGUAAUAGCAAUUUUACAGAUCCGAGAAAACAAUACUCACCAUUAAGUCCAAGUUCUCCUGAUGAGUCAGAAUCACCACCAGAACGUAUAAAUAUAGAUCUUAUGCAUGAACUUCGGGAUGUAAUAUUUCCAAAUAUACCACCUGUGGAUAGAACUUUGAAGCCAGUACGCAGUUUAGACAGCUUGAGAUCUGCAUGGAGUGGGCAUUCACGACAUGGCCCCCUACCUCGUACUGUUGUCAGAAACAUUCAUGAAAUAUCCCCUCCAAAAAGUACUUCAUCUUGCAUCCAACCAACAUCCAUCAUGAAUAGUACAGUUGAACAAUGUAAUACUUCAAUGGAAGCAUUACAGAUAAAUCUAAACAAAUCUUUUAAUAAUGAUUCAUUGUCUGCUAAAUCAAACAGAAUUACUUCUGAAACAGAUUCAGAAGCAUGUCUCAUACAUACUUCAUCCUCUGUACAUGGAUUAUCUGCACAGUCUAAUUUUUUACGUGAUUUAUAUACAUGCAAUGAAUGGAUUACACCUGCUAUCAAUGUUCCUCAUUACUUACAAAACGACAUUAAACACCAAAAAUCACAGUCCAAAGUUCAUUCGCAGAACGUAACUAAACAUGAUUAUAAAAAUAUUUUUACAAAUAUUGAUUCAAUAUUGAAAAAACAAAAUGACAAUGUAAGUGAUAAUUGCAUUUUAACUACCAAUUCUUUUCAAGAAACUGAGGAUGAUCCUUUUGAUACAAGCAAAGUGUUUAUUCCCUCCUAUUUACAAAAACCAUUGUUUCAUUCCACAAAUCCAUCUUUGUCUACUAAUUCUGACAUACCAAUCCAUCCUGUAAGUACUACUACAUCCUGUUCUGCACAAGUUAAGAGUUCGCCAGAAGUGCCAGAUUUAAUCAGAUUAGAUUCUACAAAUAGCAAUGAUGAUUUUGACCCAUUACUUUCUAAAUCUUCAGUAUUUUCCAAUACAAAGCAAAUGACACAGUCCCUACAUAUUCCAGAAAUGGGUGAAGGUCUUAGUAAUCCUUUAUAUCCAUAUUUUCAACCUUUACACAGUGCAAAAGAUAUACAACAUUCGCAUAAACCUUCUGAUAGUGUUGGUGAUUUGGAUCUAUUACAAGCAUAUGGUUUAGAUUUUGAUAAAUUUAGUGUAACUAACGGUGCAUCGCCAACAAAAAGUUCAGUAGCAUCUACACAAAAUGCACCUGGAAACAGUAUUAAAAAUAUGGAUAAUGCUUUUAGCUUAUCGCUCGGCACAUCUACAGUUAAAUCACAAAAUAAUUGGACAAAAUUUGAAUAGAUAAAAAAAAUUAGAAAUCGCAUAUCGUAAUUGUAUAUAUCGGUUUUUGUUAUUUAUCACUAUAUAUCUGCAGCAUAACUUGUAUAUUUUCUUUUGAAGAUAAUUGAAUGCAGCAAAUGUUCAUAAUAAUAUUAUAUUGGAACAUAGAGUAUUGUUACUUUCAUUGAUAGAAAGUGUAUCGUUCCUAUCCUGAUGCACAAUUAUGAAUUUAAUAUAACUGUUUAUAUUUAAAAUUUCUUGUAAUCUAAUUAUUUACAAAACAUACUUAUUUGUACAUAAUUAUUAAAUUUUAUUAUUAUUAUUAUUAUUAUUAUUUUCCUGUUAUCUACAAUUAAAUCAUUUUUAUUAUGUACAUAUUUCAUUCUAAUAAGUAUCCCUCAAGAGUUUUAAUCUAAAAGUAUUAUAGAUAAAAUCAGCUCAGGGAAACAAGCAUUGUAAGGCAGAUUCACAUACAUCAAUUUAAAGUUUGGAUUUUAUACCAUAAUUAAAAAAUCAUUGAAAUUAUCCAAUUCAUAUUUUAAGAUUUAUUCUAAACAAGUGAUUUAUAGUAAUACAAUAAUUUAAUCAUAUAAAAUAUAUAGUACACAUAAAUAAAGAUGUUAUACAUAUACAGGAAGGAUAAUUUUCCACAUAUACAUACCUAUAUGUUGGAUGAGAAAAAUUUGUUAUUUUAUAGGUAAAUAUUACGAUGAUUUAAUUACUCAAUUGUAGUGUAAAUGUUAUGUAGCUCCUUAAGGGUAUCAUUUUAAUUGUAAAUGUAUUAUUUAAUAAGCACAUUAUAAGCCAACUGCAGAUAUUAGUAUAGCAGAUAUUGAUAUAGAAAUGUAUCAAAUAGAACAAAUUAAAUUUAGUAAAUUUUAUUACUUAGAUUCCUUGUUAGAUUUUCAUUAUAACAAUUUUAAUAAUUGUUAUACAUUAUUAUUGGUAAUGUUUUACGAAUAAAAAAAUAUAAAAAAAAAUGUAAAAAAAGAAAAAAAAAAAAAGAAAUUAAUUUAAAUAAUUUAUUUAAUUCUAGUUGAGAUAUUUGAUGUAACACAUCAAACUAAAAAUUCUCCUUAUUCAGCAUCAAUGUUUUAUUAUCUGUUCUGUAAAAUUUACACAAAAAGGAAUUUAACAUAUAUUUUAGCUAUACCGUUUUAUUCAUUUAUUUUUGGAAGAUACCUUUGGCCCAUUUUUAUACACGUGUUUUCUGUAAAGUAAUAAAUAUGCUAUAAAUAUCACAUUAAAUGUGCUACUUAGUUUAAUACUUUUCGAAACGCAAAUUGCGUUAUGUUUAAGAAAACAUUUUAUUUUUAUCGUCUAUAUAUAUUUAUGGACUAAAUGAAAAUAUAUAGCUCUUCAAUACCCGCCAAAGAUCACGUGCAUAAAAGCGUGCUCUUACUAUCGUUUACAAACGUAUAAACAUAAAACUUGUUUGUAUCAAUAGUAACUCAUUUAUCUAGGAUGUAUUUCAUUAUAAAAUUAAAUGCUUAAAUAAAUAAAUAAUACAUAGGUAAAUUCUAAAGGCUAUAAAAUCGCAUAUAAAUAUUAGAUAGUUAAAACAGCUGUUAUAGCAUCAACUAUUCUCUGUAAUUCUCCUUCACUAUUAGUCAUUUUUUCUUCAUUACUCUUUUGUACAUCAAGAGGUACUUUAGUAUAAUAGUCAGUAAUAGACAUAGCUUGUUUAAUAUUUUGUAUAAUUUCUGUUAAUUGUACUUCUUUCUUUUUAAGUUUUUCUAAUUCUUUUUUUGGAUCAAUUAAACCCUAGAAAGAAAAAUUAUUGUUAUUGCGCAUUUUGUAUACAGUCAUAAAGAUAUAAAUAACAUUAUUUCGUAAGUACCUUUAGCAAUAGGUGUACUUGAAGUUUAUCAGUUAUUGUAACAAUAGCACAUCCCAAAGGAGGUUUUUCUAAGCUAAUUGUGGAAUAAGCCAAAGUUUCUAUUAAGUUCUGAUAUUUUACAAUCCUAUUUAUCAAUGUAUGAUCAUCACACUUGAUGUAUCCCUCGGUUUUUAGUUUAUUUGGUAGAUUAUAAGUCGCCCUUGCUGAUCUAAUAUUUUUUAUUACUUUUUGUGCAAAAUCAAUGUCUUUUUCUAUUUCGUAAUUUCUCCACGGACACUAAUGAAUAAAUAUUAGAUAUUUUUAAAUAUUGACAAAAGUUUCACAUAAUAUAAAGUAUAAUAUAGUUUCACUAUAAUUACCUCUAUAAUUUCAGGAUAAGGACUAAUGCAUAUGCUUGGAUAAGUUUGUUUUUUACGAGGCAAACGCUGAUAAAGUUCUUCAGUUAUAAAUGGCAUAAAAGGAUGUAAUAAUCUUAAUCCAACAUCAAGAGUUUUGAAUAACACUUUUCUUGCUUGCAAUUUAGCAUCAUUAUUAUUACUUUGAAAUAUUGGCUUGAGAUAUUCCUAUAAAUAUUUGUUAUUUUAUAAUCAUACAAAAAUGAAAUAUUUCUUUCGAAUAAUUCAUAAUAAUUAUAAAAUAUAUUUACCAAGUAAACAUCACACAGAUCAUACAACCACAUAUUAUAACAUGCAGUUGUUGCUGUUGUAAAAUCAUAUUGUGCCAUAGCUUCAUCGCAGGUAUUAACAGUAUAGCUUACUCUUGAGAGCAUCCAUAAAUCUACAUUUGUUUCUUUACCUGUUAACUGUGAACAUUUUUUUUUUUAGAAAUAAUUUAUUAAUUGUACAAAUUUAUAUGCAAGAAAUGUAUAAUUAGUCACAUAACUUUAUGAUUUUAAAAAAUUAAUAAAAUAUAAAUAUUUACUUGAGAA